AUGUUGACAAUAGAGGUUACCUUCCUUGGAGGGCGAAAAGGCCAGGAAGCCAGGCGCCCUCCCCUUCUCCUUGGCCUCCCUGACGGCGUUGAGGUCCGGGAGGUGGUUGUGGGGGAUGGUCAUGACCGGGAGGUCGCCGCCGAAGGAAGUGGUGAUGCUGCCCUUGCAGUUGAGCAGCCUCUCCACGCACCGCCAUCGCACUCCCUUCCCGCACACCUUGUGCUUCGUGUACAUGUAGUCCUUGUAGACCAGCUUCACGUGGCCCUUGUUGGACGGGAUGAACUCCAUCCUGCGAUGGCCGAGCUCAGACUAACUCUUUCGAGAACAUCUGCCCCACGUGGUGCACCCGGCGCCGGCCAUUGUUCGCACAACGUGGGGACCUUAUUUAUCUUUAGGGACCCCCAUUUUGGUUCCUCUAAUCCCGAUCGAUACGAGGGGAAUAAUAAGUAG